AGACUUAUCAGUUUGAUAAGCAAGCUGUAUGCGCAGUUACCAGUCAGUGGAGUGCCACAAUAAAAAGCCGUAUGUUGAGGAGAGCUGAAGUACACAUGCGCAGCAGGGCGGUUUCCAUAGCGCCGCUCCGACCUUCUGAGUGAGUGGAUUCUUCAACUUCUGAUUCAACUCCCUCGGUGACACAAAUCCAAGACCGUCGGAGGAUUUCAUCCGUGUUUACGGGCGCUUUUUAGUUGGCGUUGUGUUUUUGUUCAUUAGGUCUAUGUGAAUUUUACUUAUUGAAGCACCUGCUCGGCUGAUAUACUAUGGGAUAUCAAGCGGUGGAAAUCUCCGGCCGUAUUUGAACAGGAGCACAAUUGUUUUAAGAUCAUGGUCGCUGUCUUUUAACAGCAACAAUGAACUGCUUCAAUCAAAGGCUGAGACGCACAUCUCCCAUGCAUGGCAGCAGCAGGAAUGAGCUGGUCCCCUCCAAGCCUCCCAGGAUAAACGGAUGGGCAUGGCCCCCUCAGGCUUUCCAAGUGGUUGGCUGGAUGGUGUACGGCUACCUCGCCAUAGUCAGCUUUGGCAUCUAUAUCCCUCUUCUGCCUCUGCCAUGGAACCAUGUGAUCUAUGCUCUGACGGGAGUAGCAUUUAUUGUACACUUUUUUGCCCAUAUUGCUGCUGCAACUAUAGACCCAGCAGAUGUCGGUGUGAGGGCCAAACAGAGCUAUUCCAGUCCAAUGCCCCUUUUUGACAGGACAAAGCGACCGCAUGUUAUCCAGGACCUUCACUGUUAUCUAUGUGAAGUCAAGGUUGGCCCCAAAGUAAAACACUGUGGUGUUUGCAACAAGUGUGUGGAAGGCUUUGAUCACCAUUGCAAAUGGCUGAACACCUGUGUGGGUGGCAGAAACUAUUGGUGCUUCUUUGUGGCAUUGUCCUCUGGUACACUAGGCGUCUUCCUGCUCGCUGUUGUCAUCUUGUUCAUAUUUAUUCAGCAUUACCUGGAUCCAAACAGCCUACGGACCAACUCACAGUUUGACAGUAUCCUGGGGAAUGGUACCUGGCUGGCGUUUUUACCCUUAGCACCCAUAAAGACUAGUUCAGCUGCUCUCCUUACAUUAGCCUUCAUAACAGCCAUGCUGAGCAUCACCUGCCUGCUGCUGCUCGGUCAUCUGCUAGGCUUCCACUUUUACCUCUUCUAUAAAGGCAUAAGCACAUUUGAUUAUGUAAAGAUGCGGCGCCAAAAAGAAGCCAUAAACCGAGACAAUGAAGCAGGAAAUCCACAUGAUGCAAAAAUGAAUAACAAGGCCCCACAGAAUCAAGAGAGUUCAAUUGACUGUGAGCCAGCAUUGUCCCAGAGUUCAGGUACUUGCAAAUUUGAUGAUAAAGGCCCACUCACAAGCCGACUUUCAGAGUCCCUAUGCACCGAGUUGGAGAACUUUGGGAAAUCCUCAGAAAAGGAGACUAGUUUCCAUUAUGGCACAGAAAAUCCAACACAGAACAUGGCAAGGGAAAUGUCUGUGAGUGACACCAAGAGCUGGAAGCCUGACACUGAAGAGGCUCAGAGUGCCGGUGUGAAGUCUGUUCACCGUGUUCCUGGAAUGCAGGACCCUCUGGGCAGCUCCGUUAUGACUCCAGAUGAUACUUAGCAGUAACUGAUGUCUGCAUGGCGGCUUAUCAGGAAAUACUGCUCUCAGGAACUACUACUUAUGAAGAUAUGCUUCAUGAAACUGAGCCACACAACCAUGGACCUUUGUUGAUAAAGACAGAGGACGACUUAGACGUGACAACACAGUUUGAUACAUAUCAUCGAACAGUUUUUUUUCUAGUGGAUAUGUUGUAUGCAGUCUGAAUAACUGUAUUGUAUUUGUCAUUGUAUUUUGUACUUUUUAUCUACACUUUUUUUUUAUUAUGACGGUUGUAUUAUUUAAAGCAUUGUUCUUAUCUCACUGACUUGUACAAAGAGUCAAAGUACACAUCCAGGUUAGCCUCUGUUCCACUAUCCUGAGUCGUAUGGAUAGAUGGAUGUAUUUUAGCAUGAAAGACUGAAACAUGAUACUACGAACUUUUAGCAUCUUGUCAUUCUAUCUGGAGCCAAACACAGAGACUUGGCAAAUGCAUUGUCUAACUGAAGGUGAUGGAGUAGAUAUUAUCAUGGGGCUGAACCAGAUGUUGUAAACAUUCAGGGCUCAGACCAAACAUAAGGGGAUCCGGGGGCAUGCUCCACCUGUGGAGAUAUUUGUCCUAUUUACUUUUUAAAAGCCAUUUGAUAAGAGAAUGCCUAUAAAACUGUUCAUCAUUUGGGGGAAAAACACGAUAAAAUUAUCCUGUAGAGCCCACAUCCUAUUUUGUAUCUACGGUAAUUGUUCUCCAACUGUCUUCGUCAUUUUGAAACCAGAACACAACAAAUGUUGAAGAUGACUCAUUUUCAGUCCUGCCACCUAAAGAAAGGCAAACAUUCAUGUUAAUAUUUUUAAGUUGCAUAACAAAAGUAGGCUAGGAAUUUGGUGUAAACAAAAUGACUAAUAUGACAUAAUACUAUGCUGGUGUAGAAUUCACAGAAUGAAUGUUUGCUGACAAAUUUGCUACAUUUGAAACCAUCCCAUGAUAAUCUAGGCUGCUCAAAAUGCAAUACACUUAAAGCGAUACAUCCUCUGAAUGCCCUAUAGGUCUCUAGUUUGUGGUUGUAACGUUUCAUGAGACUGAUUCUCCUAGAGGUCACAACAGGUCAUUUUAUACACGGACGUCAAGUUAAACAAAAAAUGGUCUCACUACAAUGCAAUGGCUACUUCGGGGAGUAACGUCAUCACACAUGAAUACAGAUGGGCUCAUUGAAUCCACAAGAGUCUCAGCUUUCCAGUCAUAGCUAAUAUAUGCAAUUCUAAGAAAUACUCAAAUACACCAUUUUUAGAAUAGGCAAAAUAACACAUUUAUACUGCAUGCAAAAACACUGCAUGUGGUUACAUAAAGUGGGCACGUCUGUAAAGGGGAGACUCGUGGGUACCCAUUGAAACCAUUUUCAUUCGGAUAUCUUGCCAGUUUUUUCCUCGCCAAAAUGUAGCUAGCCCCCUUCCCGACAAGCUAGCAUGACGUCACUGGAUUCGUUAGGUCGUCUAGUUUGUCCAUCUCUAAAACAGAACCUGCUACAGCCUCUGAAAUACAGUAAAGUCGGCCUAAAAGAUUCGGGGCUUUUCUCUACUCUUUAAGGUUUAGCUCUGCAGUACAACAGCACCUGGAGACUUUUAUGCUCGCGGCUACAGAGCAGGCUGACAAUAGGAUAGACCGUGGCCUGAUUACUGGUGGCAUAGAAGAGAGAACUGAGCUGCUGCUGAAAUUGCCAUUUUAACGAUGAUGUUGGAUAUAUGCCUUCAUUUCUUAUUUAAUGAAAUGUCUACUUAAACUCUUGACAAAUUGUUUAAAUGUCUUUGUUACAGACUUCAGAUGUCUGCUGCUGCUAGUGACAUUUGUAUGAUUUAAGCCAGUUUCCUCAACAACAAAAUUGUCCUGCGAGUUAUAGAAGCAGACCUCUAUGUUCCAUAAGAAACUUUAUCCACCUUGCUGUUAUUGCAUGUUUUAUAAAUGUACUUUUAUUAAAUAAUUUCACGUGAUUGUAGCAGCCAA